ACUUCAAGACUCAACACUGUUCCCUUGCAUGUGCACAUCCCAAGUGCUCCAUCGGAAGGCUGCAAGGCUCCGAACGUCCGCAUUCUGGAAGCCAGCAUGCAAGGAUGUGUCCGUCGUGGUGCACUACCCGCCUGCGUGGCGACGCACGCCAUUAUCAUGCAACUCGAAAUGAACCGGCUUUGAGGCACCACGGUCAUGUAAAAGGCUUUCCUGGUAGCCGUGAGUGAGCCUUGUGGACCAUUUACAACUGCUAGAGACGGUCGACAUCGAAAAACCAAAUCAUGGCUCGACCUCUCGACAUCGUGAUUGUUGGAGGUGGCAUAGGAGGACUCUCCGCAGCGAUCGCCAUACGCAUCGCCGGGCAUAAUGUCGUGGUCCUCGAAGCAGCCGAGAAGAUUGAAGAAAUCGGCGCAGGCCUCCAAUUCUCAGCAAAUGCAACACGGAUCCUCACAAAAUGGGGUCUCGACAAAGAGAUAUUAGGCGACGUCGUCGAGCCAUACAACUGCAUAAUGAGGCGGUGGCAGGACGGCAGCACGAUAUCCACCCUCGCAUUACACGACUACCACCGACAGACAUACGGCGCUCCCUUCUGGGAUAUCCACCGACACGACCUCAUCGUUGCCCUUCACAGGCGCGCGCUCGAGUUAGGCGCGGAGAUCAAGACCGAUGCGAAAGUCAUCGACGUCGGCUUUGACGCCGGAAGCGUGACAUUGAAAUCCGGCGAGACGUAUACGGCUGACCUGAUCGUCGGCGCAGAUGGACUCAACAGCCUUUGUCGCCAAAGAUUUGUGCCGACCGAACUGCCCGAACUCACAGGCGACAUGGCGUUUCGAGUACUUCUGGACGUUGCGGACUUGCCAGCUGAUGAUCUUGAGUUUCAAGAGUUGGCUUCGAAUCCGCAAUGCACGUACUGGCUUGGACCGAGUGGGCAUGCCAUUGUGUACGUUCUCAAGGGCGGCCGACAGAUCAAUCUUGUCGCCGUGGCCCCAGAUGACCUGCCAAUCGGUGUGAUCCGCGCGCCGUGCCAGGUCGAGGACGUUCUGAAGAUCUUCAAAGAUUGGGAUCCGUUGCUUCAGAAGAUCAUAUCCCAAGAAAAAGUGAUAUGGAAAUGGAAACUACACAAACGACCCUCCCUGGACAAAUGGUGCCAUCCCUCUGGCAAAUUUACAUUGCUUGGGGACGCCGUCCACCCAACACUCCCAUACCUCUCCCAAGGUGCGGGCAUAUCCCUCGAAGACGCCGCCGUCCUAGGCCACAUUCUGGCACAACGCAUUCCGCUCUCCGAAGCAAUAGUCCAGUACGAGGCGCUGAGGCGGCCGCGUACAACGAAGAUUGUCGCUGCCGCUACUGCGCAACAGUAUUGGUAUCAUCUACACGACGGAGAGGCUCAGCAGCACCGAGACGCCAUUAUGGGCGCAGAGAUAUCGUGUGAAGGUGAUCCUUUUCUGUGGAGGGAACCCACCUUUUCGCCCUGGUUGUAUGGGUAUGAUGCUUAUAAGGAGGCGGAGAAGGCUGUAGAGCAGGGAUUGUCUUUGGGGUUUGCGAAUGGAACUGCCAACUAGGCUGUUGAGAUAGUGUGAUGAUUUGCUUCGCGAACGAGUGAAUGGCAAUUGAUAAUUGCAUUCGGUGCAGUGG